AUGAUUUACAAAACAAUUACAAUAUCAACUUGGCUAUUUAUUUCCAUACAAGUCCAUUCAGCAAUUUUACCAUUCAAGGAUUCAAUAGAAAUAGCUUUUACACCAGAAGAUGUCAAAAAAACCACAGAUUACGUAUUAUGGAAAGUACCUGCAGUUAAAAAUAAUUUCAAAACUACGGUUAAACAACAUUUGUUGAAUCGAUUACUUUCAAAAGACUUACAAGAAAUGCCUGUGAAUUUUCCACCUAACGCAUCACCUCAACCUACCGUAAACGAACCAAAUAAUGGUGAAGUUCAAAUGAAUGACAACCAACUAAUACAUCCACUACAAGCUUUGGCCCCAACAGAUGCAAUGAUUGAAUUAGAAUUACAAAAACCUAGAGGUGUAUUAGGUUCAAUUUUAAAAGGUCCAAUUCCAGACGACAAACCCAAAGCAAAAAUCAGAUACGUUAAACCUGAACCUGAAAAAGCAGAAGAGACAGGUACAAAUUCAAAUGAUAUGGAGAAUGAUCAAGUAAUUGGGAUAGCAAAAUUACCUGUCGAUGAACAUAUAGGAUAUCUGAAGCCGAAACUAGUUAAGAACAGAAAACAUAAUUUUGAAAAAGGUAUAAUUCCUACUCCCACAGUGACUUUAGAUGAUUUUGAUAAUGAUGCAACUGAAGCUGUGCCUGAAAAAGAUCCUUUUUAUGAUGAAUAG